AUUCUCCACCCUUAGAUUGACAUUUCCAUGUUGACCUUGCACCCCUUCAUUUCUCUUUUAUAAACCUCUUCUCAUCAAUCUCCUCCUCUAAAAAAAAACACCACCCCCUCAUCUUCGUCCUCUCUCUCUAGCUUCAAGUGCUGGGUUUUGUUCUUCUUCUUCCUCGUCUUUCAUCAUGGCUGUGGAUCUAGUUAGGUAUUCAAAGAUGGAAGAUCAGAUGGCUAUACAAGAAGCUGCAUCAGCUGGGCUCGAGAGCAUGGAGCACUUGAUCUUUGCAUUCUCUAACCAAACUCGACAAAGCCACCAACUUGACUGCGGAGAAAUCACAAACUUCACCGUUGCUAAGUUCAAGCAAGUCAUCUCCAUGUUGAACCGGACCGGUCAUGCCCGUUUUCGCCGUGGACCAACUUCUUCUCCUUCUUCCUACCCGGUUCCCGUCCGACCUGUCCCUCAAGAGCCUCAAAAACUGAACCUUGAUUUUGUUAACAGUAAUAGCCCCCCUAAAGCUGAGUCGAAAAAUGACCUGUCUUUGGGUAGUCAGUAUUCAAAGGAUAGCCUUAGCUCUGGCACCACUACCUCAUCCUUCGUGUCUUCUGUUACAGCUGAUGGGAGUGUCUCUAAUGGGAAACAAGGUGGCUCUUCUCUUUUCGGAACUCAAGCGCGAUCUACCGGAAAACCACCUCUCUCAUCGACCCACCGCAAGAAAUGCCACGAUCAUGCCCUCUCCGCCAGAAAGAUCUCCUCCGGUGGAAGCUGUCAUUGCUCCAAAAGAAGGAAAUCAAGGGUUAAGAGGACAAUAAGGGUACCAGCCGUGAGUUCCAAGAUUGCCGAUAUACCAGCAGAUGAGUACUCAUGGAGAAAAUAUGGUCAAAAGCCAAUCAAGGGCUCACCAUACCCAAGAGGGUAUUACAAGUGUAGCAGUGUUAGAGGAUGUCCAGCAAGGAAGCAUGUGGAGCGUGCCGUAGAUGACUCGGCCAUGCUUAUCGUGACUUACGAGGGGGAGCACCGUCACUCACAUACUCCGUUGCCGGGAGACGUCACCGCGAGUGCUGCAAUGCGACACGUGUUUCACUCAACAUGAGAAAAGCUGAGAAGCCAAUGAUGGACACGUGGUGAAGGACGAUCCGUCUUAGACGGUAGCGAAAGGGCCCGGACUCUCUGGCCGUGACGGUGUCUCUGGGAAGAGUCAGAAAAGGGAAAGAAGGUCUGAUAGACUGUAAAACAAAAUUGAAAGAAGAAAUGAUGGGCCACAUGCAAGUGGCUUGGGGAUUUCAAAUCUUGUGUAAAAAAACAAAAAAGAUUAAUGUAGAAUAGAAAUUAAAAAGAACUAUUAUGAAAAUUCGUCGGUAUCAUUAAUUAAUUUAUGUUCUUUUUUAAA